AUGUGCAUGUGCGCGGGGGAAUGGCUGGUCUCCGGGUGGCCCAUGGGAACACAGGGUUCACCAUGCGAUGCACCCGGGACGGCCAAAGAACUGGCAAGCGCAUCCGCGGCGCAACUGGACAUGAAGCAGAGUAACUAUGUGAGCGCCCUCGAUGCCCUAUCUUCCAGGAAGAAGAUAGAGGAUCCGAUGGAGCUCGCCAUGGCAUACAACUCGAUCGCAGAGAACUCCCCGCCGGAAGGGCAGCAACUCAGAGCGGAAGAUGGCACGGCAGGCAGCGCAGCCGGUGCAGCCGGCGAUAGCUGGGAAAUCUCUCCCCCACGGGGAAUCCCGAGCGAUAUCGCGUCGACGGUAGACGCUGCGGUGGCUCAGGCGUACGAGACGCACAGGGCGGCGAUGUCCGACAAAGUCAGUCGGACGUUGCAACAGGAGAUUCGCCAAGGCUUCCUCGAGAUGAUGGCGAUGAUCAACGAGGUGGUCCAGCCGCUGAAGCAAACGGCAGCAGCCGUGCAGUCGAUGCAGCAGCAGGCGAUGCAAGGCGACCCCAGUGGUGGUCACGAGCAUGCAGGAGCACGAGGAUGCCAGGAGGCGACGGGCGCAUAUCCCAAGACCCGGCCAGAGGGACAGAAUACUUGGACGUCUCCACCCAAACCUCCAACAGCAAGCGAAGUACUCGCGGAGAGGAAUGUCGGCGCCGGUGGAUAUCCGGGAGAUCAGCAGCGUUUCCAGACGGAGUGUGAGGCUCGAAGGGGUAGCACGGAGGGUCUCCGAGGUCCUGAAAGGAGAAAAGAUUCGGUUACAGGCGUCAGGAUCGAGAAGUGGGAGAUCUUCUUCGAAGGCGACCAAAAUAAGCUCGCCGUGGAAGACUUUGUGUUCCGCGUGGAAUACCUGCAGCGGCAGUCUCGGUGUUCCUGGGACCAGGUGCUGGGUAGCUUCUACCAGCUGAUGCGAGGCCAGGCUGCCGAGUGGUACUGGCAAUAUGUCAAAGAGAGCCCUCCGCAGACAUGGGAGGACCUCAAGGAGAAGCCGGUGGCGAGGUUCCGGGGCAUCGGAGGCGAGUUCGAGCGCAGACGAGCACUCCAAGAUCGACGGCAACAGCCAGGCGAGUCCGUCGAGGAUUAUUUCCGAGCGAUGCGGCGGCUGGGAAACAGACUGCUGGCACCGAUACCGGAGGCGGAAAUGAUCCGCAUAGUUAAAAAGGCACUUACCGCCGAGGUCGCCCGGUUUGUUUAUGCCCUGAGGGUGUACAGCGUGGACCAGCUGCGAGAGGAGUGCCUCGAAGUGGAGGAGGCCUUCAUGAGGCGGGAGCGGGACAGCCGAGCCUCAUACCGCGCGCCGGCCAAGAUUCCGUCGAGCGGACGACAGGUGGAGGAAGUGGCGAUGGAGUCAUCCGACGGCGAAGCGGGAGAGCCGGAGCCGUACAUCGAGGAAGUUUCCAGGCAGCGAAUUAGUUGCUGGAACUGCGGGCAGCCGGACCACGGAUUCCGUGACUGCGCAUCGUCGGAGCGGAAGAUCUUCUGCUACCGCUGCGGGAAGCCAGAGGUGAUCACACCGAACUGCCCGCCACCAACAAUUAAACCUAUAGUAGAGAGUAAUAAAAUCGUCAUUAAGAAUAGCAAUAAGCUGAGAUACUUACCAGCGGAGGAACGGAUGCAGAAGUACCUUGAGGUUCGGAACCGAAUAUUUGCCAACCACCAGAUAGACGGGAUGCGGAGCGUCAGCCGGAGGCUUUUAAAGGCCAGAUCACGAUUCCGGCAGAGGCAUCAGACGCGACGUGCCGUGGUUGAAGCCGUUCGUCGGGGCAUGGGAGGUGAUCCCAGGGUGAUUGCCGAGGUCCGGAUACAUGGCAAGCCCAUUUCCGGUUUGCUGGACACAGGCGCGUCCAUUAAUGUCCUGGGAAAAGGCAGCCGUGAAAUGCUGGAGGAGCUCGGGAUCCGCAUGGACAAGUACACGUCGAUCGUGAGGACUGCGGCGGGAGAAGACCGGUCAAUUAUAGGUCGAGUACACGUUCCGGUAAAAUUCAAGGGAGUGGAGAAGGUACUUACCUUUUACGUAUGCCCGUACCGGGAGCAAGAGCUCUACCUUGGGAUCGAUUUGUGGAGGAAAUUCGCGUUGGCACCGGCUAUCCUCGGAGAGCUACUAGCAACGAAACCGAAGGCGAACGUGGAGGAAUUGUGGGACGCAACAAAUCCGUGGCUGGAUGGAAAAGCCGGUAAAGAGUCUGUAAUCGAGGAGUGGAACCUGCAAGAAGAAGACAAAAAUCGGUUAGAAGCGGUAAAGAAAGAGUUCCUAGCGUUCGAGGACGUCGGUCUGGGUAAGACAUCGGUGGAGACACAUCGGAUCCAGCUCGUGGAAGGCGCAGAGCCGUUUAAGGAUCGGCAUUAUCCACAAUCGCCAGCGAUGCAGGAGAUUGUGUGGGCCGAAGUCGACAAAAUGCUGGAGCUGGGCGUGAUCGAGGUCAGCGAGAGUCCGUGGAGUAACCGCACGACAGUGGUGCGAAGGCCGGACAAAAAUAGGUUCUGCUUAGACGCACGGAAGCUGAACAACCUCACCGUGAAGGAUGCUUAUCCGCUGCCAUGCAUCGAGGGAAUCCUGUCCAGAAUCGAGCAGACCUACUAUAUUUCAAGCGUCGACUUGAAAUUCGCAUUCUGGCAGGUGGAGUUGGAUCCUGAAAGCCGUCCAUAUACAGCGUUUACGGUUGCGGGGAGGCCCUUGUACCAGUUCGCCAUGAUGCCGUUUGGCCUGUGCAAUGCGGCGCAGCGGCUAUGUCGACUGAUGGACAAGGUGAUUCCAGCGCGGUUGAGAUCGAACGUCUUUGUGUACCUGGACGACCUGCUAAUCAUCGCUCCAGACUUCGAGACCCAUCUAAAGUAUCUCCGGGCGUUUAAAUACCUCGGGUUCAUAAUCGGUGGAGAGACACUUACGAUGGAUGGGGACAGGAUCGUCGCAAUCCAAAAGAUUCCGGAGCCGAAAUCGGUGAAGGAGUUACGAAGCUUCCUGGGAACAGCGGGAUGGUACCGCCGAAGGCCGUUCGUUGUCCAGUGCGACGCGUCGCACUAUGGAGUUGGAGCAGUCCUGUUCCAAUACGACGAGGAAAAGAACGAACGUCCGAUUGCCUUCUUCUCCGCAAAGCUAAACAAACAUCAGAUAAAUUAUUCUGUGACGGAGAAGGAGUGCUUGGCAGCCGUACUUGCCAUCGAAAAGUUCCGGCCCUACGUGGAACUGAUGCAGUUCACGGUCAUCACCGACCACGCCAGUCUGAAGUGGCUGAUGACCAUGAAAGACCUUAGUAGACGCCUGGCACGAUGGUCACUCAGGUUGCAGAGCUUCGACUUCCAGAUAGCGCACCGGAAGGGAUCCGAAAACGUUGUGGCUGACACGCUGUCCAGAUGCGUUGAGGAGCUGAAGCUGGAUGCCGACGAUGCUCUCGGGUUCGCCACGACGGAGUUCGAAUCUGAGGAGUACAAAGAGAUUCGGGAUGAGAUUCUGGAGAAUCAGGAUCGACUGCCGGAUGUCCGAGUGGAAGGGAACCUCGUCUUCAAACGCAGCGGAUUCGACAGAUUGGAGGAGGAAGUCGAAGGAGGGUCUUGGAAGCUGUGGAUCCCAGCCUCGCUCACAGCUGGCCUGAUCGCGACGGCCCACGACGAACCGACGUCAGGACACGGAGGCGUAAGGAAGACGCUGCAGCGACUCCAGCGGCAAUAUUACUGGCCGAAGAUGACGACUCAAGUCCGAGACUUUGUGGGGCAAUGCAUCCAAUGCAAGGAGUCGAAGGCUCCAAAUUACCGCACACAGGUCGGGAUAGGGCAGGAAGUGGUGACUGAGAGGCCAUUCCAGAAACUCUACAUAGAUUUCCUAGGCAAAUAUCCAAGAUCCAAGCGAGGAAAGGCCUGGAUAUUUGUAGUAGCAGACCACUUCUCCAAAUUCACAUUCCUGAAGGCCAUGAACGAAGCCACAACGUCCAACGUCAUCGAGUUCCUGGUGCAGGAGGUGUUUUUCAAGUUUGGAGUGCCGGAGGUAAUCCACUCCGACAAUGGGAAGCAGUUCACUGCCAAAGCUUUUCAGGAGAUGAUGGAGGCGUACGGGGUCCAGCAUAUGCGGACGGCAGUGUACUCGCCGCAAAGCAACGCUGCAGAGCGGGUAAACCGGACAGUACUGGCCGCAAUCCGGACAUAUUUGGAGCAGGACCACCGAGACUGGGACGCAUAUCUGCCGGAAAUCGAAGUCGCGAUAAGGAACUCUGUCCACGAAGCGACAGGCGUCACGCCGUUCUUCGCGGUAUUCAGGCAGCAGAUGUACCUCCACGGCAGCUGCUACAAACUGGCCAGGAAACUGCGGUCAAUGACGGAUCAUGAGGUAGUUGCGUUGAACUCGCAGAACAAGAGAGACAUCAUCCGCGAACGUAUCAGCCAACACUUGCAUCAGGCCUACGAGCGGAGCAGCCGGCAAUACAACAAGCGCGCCCGUGAGUUCCACGUGAAACCAGGCCAAGAAGUGUUCCGGCGUAACUUCACCCUGAGCGAUUUCGGGAAGAAUUACAACGCCAAGUUCGCCCGGAAGUUCGCGAGAUGCCGAAUCAGGAGGCCGGUCGGGAACAACAUGUUCGAGUUGGAGGACCUGGCGGGGAAACCUAUUGGCAUCUACCAUGCGAAAGACCUGCGGCUGUAA